AUUUUAUAUUUUUAUUAAAAGCAAGAUGUCAAAGAUUAUUUCAGUAUUUGGUGCAACUGGUGCUCAAGGUGGUUCUGUAGCCAGAGCCUUAUUAAAAGAUGGUAAAUUUAAAGUUCGUGCAUUGACUAGAGAUCCAAACUCAGACUCAUCCAAAAAAUUAAAAGCUGAAGGUUGUGAAGUUGUUAAAUGUGAUGUUGUCGAUUCAAAGCAAGACAUAGAGGCCGCUAUUAAAGGUAGUUAUGGUGUAUUUUUAGUUACUGCUUUUUGGAACUACUUUACAAAAGAAAAAGAAUAUGGUAAUAAGGUUGCCGAUGCUUGCUUUGAUGCCGGUGUAGAACAUUUGGUAUUCAGUAGUCUUUCCGCAUGUAAGAAGAUUUCAAAUGGACGUAUUGAUGUACCACACUUUGACCUUAAAGCUGAAAUUGAAGAUCAUAUUAGAGAAUUGUCAAAAAAGAAACCACAAUUUAUUUCAUCAUUUGUUUAUGCUCCAUUCUAUAUGCAAAAUAUUGGUGAUGGUUUUAAAGUUGAAAAAUCUGCUGAUGGAAACUCCUACACAAUUUCUUUACCAGCCGACCCAUCCUCAAAGUUCCCAUUAGACAUGGGUGAUAUCAACGAUAUUGGUCCAGUUGUUUCUGGUAUUUUCAACAACCCAUCAAAAUACUCUGGUGUUGAUGUUCCAUUCUCUGGUAGUGCCCUAACUGGUGAAGAAAUCGCCAAGUCAAUUUCCAAAGCCACUGGUAAACAAGUAAAAUUUAACUACAUUCCAACUAAAGUAUUUGCCACAUUCGGUUUCCCAGGUGCUGGUGAACUUGCCCAUAUGUUUGAUUUUUACAACGAAUUCGGUGCAUUCCAUACCCUAGACAAAUCAUUAGGUUCCAAAAUUACCAAAUUAACAACUUUUGAUGAAUAUCUACAAAAGAACCCAUUAAAAUUAAACUAAAAUUUACUAAUUGUAUUUUUCCUAAUUAAUUAAAAUAUCUUUCUUAAAUAAUUAAAUAAAACAAAAGUUUUU